CUGCAGUUCGGAACGGGCUGCGUCUGCUCGGAGAGGAGCUCGCGCACUGAGAUCUGUGAUUGGCGGAAAAACGGAGAGUCCUAAAAACUAUAUGCCGGUAAACGUCUCGGGUUUCAGGGGGAGUGACAUUUCUUUGGAGGGUUGGAGAAAGAGAAAAAAAGAAAUCUCCAUAAACCCGACAAAGCGUUUGAGAACGGAGCCACUAUCCUCAGAGACUGCGCGUCACGUCAGUGGAUAUGUGUAUUUUCGCGAGGAUGGUUUUCACACUGUUGCAUCGCGUGUCGGCUUAGAAGAAGGGUGCAUUGAUUUUGCGCGAGACGUUUGGUGAAGUAAUAACACAACUUGGUUUCUGACGGUGGAAAAAAGUUUAUGGGACGCACUUUUUUUUCCAUUUGAAGGAUUUACACAAACACUCACGGAUACUAUCUAGUUGCCCGCAUGCGAUCCUUCCUUCGGUGCACUGUGAUUUUGCCCUGUUGGAUUUGGGAAUAGUGGAUAGUUUUGGUUGCAUUCCUCUCUGGAUUCGGCCCAUGCAUAAGUCCCGUUUAUAUGCGGAUCCUGAGCUUCGCUAUUCUGCUCCUCUUCUUCCCAGGUGAUUGGAGGGAAUUCCAGUGAGUGACAGAGCAUCCAGUCUGAAGUUCAUGGUUGGGUGGAACUCCUCAGAUGGGAUCUGUGUCCAGGGGGAGGUCGAGGAGGGGGGGAUGGGGUGGUACGCCCGCUGCUGAUGGGAUGUCCGCUUUGGUUUGGCUUCUGGGUGUGCUUCUGCUUUUGACCCUGACUUCAGUGUCCGUGGCACGGCCGUCGUUAAGGAUUGCUGGGAAAGUGGAGACUAAGCUUGAACCAGAAGACCCUCAAACCAAAAUCCAAGACUCUAAGCCCACUCUGUGCUCUGUGCACCCGGGCGAAAUUCUCAAGCUCAGCUGCCCCCUGCCCGAGGCGGCCGCCAUUGUUUGGACCAAAGACGGCUCCUCACUGGGCCCGGACAACCGGACUCUCAUAGAUAAUGAGUGGCUACAGAUUCGCGACGCCACCCCUAAGGACUCUGGUGUGUACGUGUGCAGUGCCGCAGGCUCGCAUGCCGGCGAUGUGCUUUGCUUCAUCGUAAAUGUAACAGAUACCAUCUCAUCUGGCGAUGAUGAGGACGACACGGAGCGAACGGAAUAUGUUGGGGCAGAUGGCGAACAAAUGCGGGCACCGUAUUGGACUUCACCGGACAAGAUGGAGAAGAAGCUACACGCCGUACCGGCGGCUAACACUGUGAAGUUUCGGUGCGCAACUGCAGGGAACCCCAAACCCAAGAUGCGCUGGCUGAAAAACGGGAAACCCUUCAGACAGGAGGAUCGUAUGGGCGGCUACAAGGUUCGACACCAGCACUGGACUCUAAUUAUGGAGAGCGUCGUUCCCUCUGAUAAAGGCAACUACACCUGUCUGGUUGACAAUGGAUAUGGCUCCAUCAACCACACUUACACUCUGGAUGUAGUGGAACGCUCUCCGCACCCGCCAAUUCUUCAGGCAGGCCUGCCUGCUAACAGUACUGUACACAUCGGAGAGGACGCGAAGUUUGUCUGUAAAGUUUACAGUGACGCCCAGCCUCACAUCCAGUGGCUGCAACACAUUAUCAAGAACGGCAGCCGUUAUGGCCCAGAUGGACUCCCAUAUGUCCGCGUGUUGAAGACGGCAGGUGUGAACACUACAGACAAAGAGAUAGAGAUGCUCUACCUGCCUAAUGUAACUUUCGAGGAUGCGGGGGAGUAUACGUGCUUGGCGGGUAACUCUAUUGGGAUCUCCUAUCACACUGCUUGGUUGACGGUGCUUCCAGCCCAGAUAGACACCAUCGAGCAAGACUACCCUCCGGACUACGUCGAGAUUGCAAUCUACUGCAUAGGCGUCUUUCUGAUCGCCUGUAUGGUGGUGAUCGUGGUGGUUUGCAGAAUGAGAACGUCGGCUAAGAAGCCUGAUUUUGGGAGUCAACCUGCGGUUCACAAGCUGACCAAACAGAUCCCACUGCGCCGCCAGGUAACAGUGUCUUCUGACUCCAGGUCCUCCAUGAGCUCAAACACGCCAUUGGUCAGGAUCACCACUUGCCGUAGCUCCGCCCAUGACGACCCCAUCCCUGAGUAUGACCUUCCUGAAGAUCCCCGCUGGGAGUUCUCCAGAGACAAGUUAACACUUGGUAAACCGCUGGGCGAGGGCUGCUUUGGUCAGGUGGUCAUGGCUGAAGCUUUGGGCAUCGACAAGGACAAACCGAAAGAGGCCGUGACGGUAGCUGUCAAGAUGCUGAAAGAUGAUGCAACAGAGAAAGACCUUUCUGACCUGGUGUCAGAGAUGGAGAUGAUGAAGAUGAUUGGUCGGCACAAAAACAUAAUCAAUCUGUUGGGGGCGUGCACACAGGAUGGUCCAUUAUAUGUAAUAGUAGAGUAUGCGUCUAAGGGGAACCUUCGAGAGUAUUUGAGGGCACGGCGGCCCCCCGGAAUGGAGUACUCCUAUGAUAUAGCCCGGGUAUCAGAUGAAACUCUCACCUUCAAAGAUCUGGUCUCCUGCACUUAUCAAGUUGCUCGUGGCAUGGAGUAUUUAGCUUCACAAAAGUGUAUACACAGAGAUCUGGCUGCCAGGAAUGUUUUGGUCACAGAAAGCAACAUUAUGAAGAUCGCAGACUUUGGCCUGGCCAGAGACGUCCACAACAUAGAUUACUAUAAAAAGACGACGAAUGGUCGUCUGCCUGUGAAGUGGAUGGCUCCAGAGGCGCUGUUCGACAGAGUUUAUACGCACCAGAGUGAUGUCUGGUCAUUUGGGGUUCUCAUGUGGGAGAUCUUCACACUCGGCGGUUCUCCGUAUCCAGGAAUACCCGUAGAGGAGCUCUUUAAGCUACUAAAAGAGGGUCAUCGCAUGGACAUGCCCGCUAACUGCACCAACGAAUUGUAUAUGAUGAUGAAGGACUGCUGGCAUGCGAUGUCCUCUCACAGACCCACAUUCAAACAGCUGGUGGAGGACCUGGACCGCAUUCUCACUUUGGCAACCAAUGAGGAGUAUCUGGACCUGUGUGCCCCAGUGGUGCAGUACUCACCCAGCUUCCCGGAUACACGCAGCUCUUGCUCCUCCGGAGACGACUCUGUCUUCUCCCACGACCCCUUAGCGGACGAACCCUGUCUCCCCAAGUACCAGCACAUCAACGGAGGCAUAAAAACAUGAGCUGGCCUCCUCCUGCUUUUAUCUUCUCCAAACCCAACACAUCCAAGCUACACCUUCAGUUCUCAAAGAGUGAGAGACUUAACCCACAAUUCCCUUUACCCACCCAGAACCGUAUGCUGCCUCUAGAUUCCUCACGAAGCUCCCGCUGGACUUUCGGAGCAUACCAAGGGAGGCCAGCAGUGCUGCUUUCCGAAAAACAAACUGAAGUGCGUCAAGUGCAGGUGCUUUUUUGUGGAAUCACACACAAAAACAUGUGACCAAGCUCUUAAGAAGAGGAUAGGACCGAAAUGUUGAGAAUGAAUGACUAGCUGUUCCCAAGGACCCACCUCUUGUAUUUUUUGAAGAUAUGUUUUUUGUUCCAUUCCUGUUGGAAUUCUCUUGCAUUCUUGCCACUAUUCCAGACUGUUUCUUGGCAUUCCUGGAGUUUGUGUUCCCAAGAGAAAUUGCAUGGUACACGUGCAGAACUCUGAAGAGAGUAAAAAGGACAAAAUGAGACAAUAGAAAACAAUACAGUAAGGAAAUGUACAACUAAUGCAAGAAGUAGAAGAAUACAUAACAACACUGCCUCCGGUUGAUUUUUUUUAUUUUAUUUAAGCAUUUUGUUUUAUGACCUGUUUUUUCCUUGAUAACACAGUUAUCGUACAAAAGCCCAUGCAGUUAUUCUUGGUAUAAAAAAAAAAAAAAAAAAAGAA